AUGUCUGUUGAGUAUGAAGUCGACGGCAAAACGGCCAUUAUCACGCUCAACAAUCCUGCCAAGCUCAAUGCCAUAAACUUGGACAUGUUCGCACAGCUCGGCCACCACCUACGGGCAGCAGCGGCAGAUCCAAAUAUCUACAUCACGCUUCUAACCGGGAAAGGCCGCUUCUUUUCUUCUGGCGCCGAUAUUGCCAACCGGCGAGAACCAGAGCCAGGCGAAGACAAGCGACGAGGCUACGUUCAGAACUUCUCCCGAAUUCUCGAUCUGACCAACACCUUCUACACACAUAGCAAUAUCUUGAUUACGGCCUUGAACGGCCCAGUGGUGGGAUUGACGGCGGCGUUGAUCACGCACUCGGAUUUUAUCUAUGCAGCACCACACACUUACCUUCUCGCUCCAUUUACUUCUUUAGGGUUGGUGGUGGAAGGCGGUGGCUCUCGAUCUUUUGCCAAUCGGAUGGGCGUCACCAAAGCCAAAGAAGCGUUGAUCAUGAGUCGGCGAAUUCCAGCCGAAGAAUUGCUGGCGUGCGGGUUUCUGAAUGGAAUCUUCCCUGCAAACAGAGAUGGUUCUGAUUCAGAAGCUUUCAGAACGACGGUGAUGAAUAAAGUGUGCCGGGAACAGUUAGACGAAAGUAACUUGAGCUCAUGGAGCAUGCUAAGGAUUAAGGAGCUGAUGGGACGGACGGAGAACCAUCUUCUCGACGGACAUGUCUUGAACGAGGUACUGGGAGGUGUGGAUGCCCUUAGCAGCGGAGUGCCGCAGAAGGAGUUUGCCAAGAUGAAGAAGAAGCAAAAACAGCACAAGUUGUAG